AUGGCGUCCGCUAUCAUCUCGAAGAAGAGGAAGUUUGUUGCCGACGGUGUCUUCUCGGCUGAGCUGAACGAGUUCUUCACUCGUGAGCUGGCUGCCGAGGGUUACUCGGGCUGCCUUGUGCGUGUGAACCACGUCCGCACGGAAAUUAUCAUCCGCGCUACGCACACGCAGGAGGUGCUUGGUGACAAGGGUCGCCGCCUUCGUGAACUGACGUCGCUCGUGCGCCAGCGCUUCCGCUUCCCCGAGGGCUCGCUCGAGCUUUACGCCGAGAAGGUGGCCAACCGUGGUCUUCACGCUGUGGCUCAGUGCGAGUCGCUCCGUAACAAGCUGCUCGGUGGUCUGCCUGUGCGCCGCGCCGCAUACGGUGUGCUCCGCUACGUGAUGGAGUCUGGUGCCAAGGGCUGUGAGGUUGUUAUUUCGGGUAAGGUGCGCGGUGCUCGUGCCAAGGCCAUGAAGUUCAAGGACGGCUUCAUGAUCCACACUGGUCAGCCUGCCAAGGACUUUGUUGACGAGGCCAUCCGUCACGUUCUUAUGAAACAGGGUGUGCUUGGUCUUCGUGUGAAGAUCAUGCACGGCUGGGAUCCCGAGGGUCGCUCUGGUCGGCCAUUCCCGCUGCCCGACGCGGUCACCAUCCUUGAGCCGAAGGACGACGAGCCUAUCUCGGCCCCCAUGUCCGAGUCGCGCAACCAGCCUGUGGCUGCCGCUCCUGCUGCCGAGCCCGCUGCGCCGGUUCAGCCGCAAGAGACUACCGCAUACACUCAGGCUCCUCACGCAGCUGCCUUUUAA